AUGGCAGAAGGUACAAGCCACCCAAAUCGUCAAAUAAGCCCAUCAUCAGUCACUCAUGUUGUCCUCUUAUCAACAUGUUUAACGGGAACAAUUCUCGUGAGUCUGGUUUCCUAUAACAGAUAUUUAAGACAAUAUAAGAGUACGUUAGAUAUUCCAAAAAGCUUACUCCGAAAAAAUUGGAUAUAUGGUAAGGUGACAGCAGUAGGGGAUGGUGAUAAUUUCCAUUUUUUCCAUAUGCCAGGAGGGACAAUAGGAGGAUGGGGAUGGCUAAGAGAAAUACCAAUUUUAGAAAGUAAUGAUAUCCCUCAGGUUACAUCUUCGAAAAAUAACAUGAACCACGGUAACAAGAGUAAAAAUACUAAAACGAAAGAGUUUCUUUCUUGGACUUAUUCAUUCUUGUUUAGACCGAAAUUAACACAGAAGAAAAUUUCAGAUCAUUAUUUGAAUUUACAUGUACCAUAUAAAGGUAAGCGGAACUUACUGACUCUUUCCAUUCGUUUAUGUGGUAUUGACGCUCCCGAGAGGGCUCAUUUUGGUAAUCCUGCACAGCCUUUUGGGGAUGAGGCUCUGAUAACGUUAAGGCACUUGAUUUUAGGGAGAAGAAUAUGGAUCAAACCUCUCUCGAUUGACCAAUAUAAUCGGUGCGUCGCAAGAGUAGUCUAUUGGAGUUGGCUGAGUGGAUGGAAAGAUGUUAGUUUAGAAAUGUUGAAGCAAGGAAUGGCUAUAGUUUAUGAAGGUAAAAAUAAUGCCGAAUUUGAUGGGAAAGAAAAAAAUAUAGACUAUAUGAGUAUAUAUCUAGGAGUAAAAGGAAAGGGAUAUGGAGUCAGAAGAAAUUCAUAA